AUGGUUCGAUUCGUCACAAACACGUCGACGACAACACGCCUACUCGCACAAUCAGUCCCUAAGAACGGUGUGACACUACCACCAUGGCUUCACAACAUCACUCAAAGUAUUUCAGCUGCGCCCAAGCUCUAUGCCUGGACUCCCGAAAACCUACCAAAUAGCCGAAACAAUGGACAAUUCCAGUCGGCAACGCCAAAGGAUCUUCAAAGACGCAUCUUUAUUCUUGGCAUUGGUAACCUCGGUAGGCUCUAUGCCAACUCCUUGGGAAAACUGGGUGAAGAAGUCCCGGUGACACUCGUCCUUCACCGGAAAAGUUUGUUAGAGCACUGGGUUUCCGAGCCGGGUAUUGAGCUGACACGACACGGCGUUACCGAAAAAAUGUCAUCUUUCGACGUAGAGUGGUGGACAGAGGAAGCACCAACACAUGGGCCUGUGAGGGAGGUCUGUGACGGGCACAAGAUCGCUAACCUUUUGGUCGCCACCAAGGCUCCAGACGCUCUGCCUCAGGUAGACAGACUGCGGCGCUAUCUCGAUGGGAACUCAACUGUGGGGUUUGUUCAGAAUGGCAUGAACAAGUUGUGGCCGCCUUACGGCGCCAUAUAUAGUGAGCAUCGCUUCCCGCCUAGACAACACCCGAACUGGCUGGUCUGUGUGACGACCCACGGCGUGUUUUCUCUGGGUACCUUCAAGAGUGUUCAUGCCGCUCCCGCUGAUAUCGCCAUGGGCUUGGUGUUGCCCAACCCAAACACGGCACACGCAGCAGACUACCUCAUGGAACAAAUUGGGAGGGCGCCCGAGCUGGAGGCUCGUAAAGUGCCACGGAAUGCACUCUGGGUUCUUCAACUGGAAAAGCUCAUCAUCAACUCACUUAUCAACCCCUUGACAGCUGUCAUCCGUUGCAUGAACGGUCAUCUUUUUGACCAGCCAGCACCUGAGCUGAAGAAGCUCAUGGACAUUUUGGUAGAUGAGGCCAGUCAAAUACUCCAGGCUUUGGCUCAACACCCGAGUAGCAAAGAUAUUCUCUCUGGUGCUGACUCGGCCCCGGACGCCGACUUGAGCAAGGAAGCUCUCGUAGAGCGUUUCUCGGCUGUGCGGCUUAACGCAAUGCUGCAACGAGUUGGAGAAAAGGUGAAAGACAACAGGAGCUCCAUGUGUCAGGAUGUUAUGGCUGGGAAACAAACCGAAGUUCGAGAGUUCAACGGCUGGUUGGUACAGAUGGCGGAAUAUCUUGGCUUGGAAGCGCCCAACCAUAAAAAACUCUGCGAGCUUGUGGAAGGCGGUGUUAUCGGGGAAACAAGCCUCCUGGAGGCUUACUUUGGCAAGAAGUAG